AAAGAGCAGUACCACAGUUCCAGUUCCCUAGAACAAACACGGAUAACCAAACGGACGAAGCCCAGAAAUGAAAGUAUUCGCAUUGACCUUUUUGAGCCUGCUGGCUUUGAGCCAGGCCCGCCUGGACUACAAGCUGCAGUGCGCCCGCAGCGAGAUCAGCAUCCGCUGGCCGAGCUACCACAGCAACUCGGAGUACUAUGUGUGCCAGAGCGUCAACGGCAGCCAGCUGACCGUCCACUGUCCCGCCGGCGAGGUCUUCACCUUUGUCCUCCAGCAGUGCGUGUCGCCCUCCCACUACAUCCCGGCCCCACCCAUGGAUGUCCUGCCCACCGCUGCUCCCAUCGCCAUGAACCUCAUCGAGGACUCGCCACCAGUGAUCUCGGGACACUCUCAGCCGGAGGCCGAGACCCCCGAGCACCACGAACACCACGAGGAGCACCAUCAUGAGCACCACGAGGAGGAGGCUGAGGCCCAUCCCAUUCCACCCACUCCGGCACCAGCGCCACCAACCCCACCCACCGUCGAAAUCUCCAAGCCCGUUGUGCCAGUUCCCCAGAAGUCGAAGAAGCCCUCGAUCCCGGUGCCCGCCAAGAAGCCCUCGGUGCCAGUGCCCUCCAAGGCUGCCAUGGCCAAGAAGCCCUCCAAGCCAGCUGCUCCCACUCCCGCCAAGGCCGCCAAGAAGCCAACGCCACCCAGCAAGGCCCAGAAGAAGCCAGCCACCGCCUAAAAUCCAAGGCAAUGCAAUCCAAUUCAAAUCCCCUGACAAAGAUCGCCAGUUCAAUGCCCAUCGUUCAGCAAGCGGAAUUUCAUUCACUACUCUAAAUAGCAACCUAAAGUAAUUAAAUAUCUAACUGGCAA